AUGAGGACGUCCGCUCUUUUCGCGCUCAGUGGCUGCGCUGCCACUGCCCUAGCGCAAGUUCAUCUACCGUUCUCCCAUCAACCUCAGCCGAAGGCCAGUAGCAAUGUCGAAACCAAAGACGUGGCGGACCGUCGAUCAGUUUCUGCGACGGAUGUUUACGUGACGGACUGGAAUUAUCUGGUCAACGCCACUGUUGGUACACCGCCACAAGAUAUUUCCUUGAGGGUUUCUGUGCAGGCUGAGCAUACCUGGGUCCCAAACGCCAAGUAUUGCGACUAUUACAACCAUAGCGACUAUUACGAUUCUUCUUCCACCAGGAGCGCCUAUUACCUCGAUUCAUAUUCGUGCAAAUACGGCGCAUUCCAGAGCAACGAGUCAUCCACCUACGUCAACCCCGGCACCGAGGACUUCAGCACCAGGUACUCGGUCGGCCGAGCUAAGGGAGAAUGGAUUAGCGACACACUAGGCGUGGCUGGCAGCCAGAUAUCCAAGAUGAUCAUGGGCUAUGUUCAAUCGGCAGAUGUAUUGAUCGGUGUCCUUGGCCUGGGUUUCAACACCACCGGAAGUGCACAAUCUACCGCGAGCCCGAGCAGUACCUCGAAUUAUCCUACCGUUCCUGAACGCCUCGUACAAGAUGGUCUCAUUAGCUCCCCCGCGUACAUUCUCUGGCUGGACGAUUCAUCCGCCACGUCUGGGAAUCUUUUGCUGGGUGCGAUCGAUACAUCAAAGUUUGAGGGCCCUCUGCUUCGUUUCUCAGUGCGAACAACGGGGUCAUGGUCAACAAGCAGGCGAUUUGACACCUUCAUCACGUCCUUCAAUGGUAGUAAGUCAGAUACAGAUGACCUACAGCCUCUCGGAGAAUCUUUGCGUCAACAAACCGACGCAUAUGACACCUCGAACCUAGUGCUUCUCUCGCCAGAUGCUGCUUUAUCAGUGCUACCCGACGACAUAGCCUUAGAUCUUUGGGCUCUGGCUGGCGCUUCCUGGAAUGAUGACCUCGGCUACGCGAUUAUUCCUUGCACGGAAAACACCACCACGGGUCGCUUGGCUGUGCAGCUGUAUGGAUCGGAGGGACCUGUGUUGAAUGUAGCUCUUGCCGACCUCGUGGUGUCUCAAGAUGUUUGGUCCCAUUCGGAGUGGUCUUGGGAGACCGAGUCGGCCUCCGAGUACUGCCUGUUUGGAGUCCAGUCGGAAAAUUCCACCUCGACAUACACGUCUUCUUCCUAUCCAUACUCCUUGGGCAACACAUUCCUCAAACAUUCCUACAUGGUAUUUGACCUAAUCAAUGAAGAGAUUGGCUUUGCGAAGACAAAGUUCAGCAGCACGCAGACGGAAGAUCUAGUUCCGUUCUCAAGCCACGGAGCUCAGAUCCCCGCGUCAACGAGCGUCAUGCCGGAUUGGUGCUCAUCUACCUCAUCUCAAUGUCGAACAGGUGAUUCGGGUUCGGGCUCCGGAGGCGGAUCCUAUGGCGGUGGUACAACCUACCUGGGCGAUGGCUAUUACCCCGGACAUCUCCCGCUGGAGGCAAACCUAGCCAUCGGCCUCAGUGUCGGUGUCUUCUGCACUAUGGUCAUGGGUCUGUCUAUCUGGGCCAUCAGACGAGGCCGUCGCAUUAGAAAGGCCCAGAAAGAGCUGGCUGAAAAGCAAGCCGACGUGGAACCCGGCGGCGAGACACAGGUCGGGGCCGCCGAUGGAAAUGCUUGCAACUUGGCUCAAGAAGCCUUGCGUCCUCAACAUCCGCCAGCUGCAGUGACUCGAGAUCCUUCUGUAACAGAUGCAGAUGCAGAGCAACGUGCUACUGGAACUGUGGGAACUGCCAAGGCGAUAUACGGUCGCAAUUAUCAGCCCCAGAAUCUUCCAGCAUCGCAGAUCACUAAUGUCCUCUAUGCCUUCAUGAAUCUUCGCGCGACUGGUGAAGUUUACACUGCCGAUACCUACGCCGAUUUGGAGAAGCACUAUCCUACUGAUUCUUGGAACGAUGUCGGCACGAACGCCUACGGCUGCGUCAAACAGCUUUACCUUUUGAAGAAGGCCAACCGCCGCAUGAAGGUCAUGCUUAGUAUUGGAGGCUGGACAUGGUCGACCAACUUCCCCGCUGCCGCUAGCACGCCCGAAGGCCGAGACCUCUUUGCUCAGUCCUCUGUCAAACUCAUGAAAGACUGGGGCUUUGACGGCAUCGAUAUUGACUGGGAGUAUCCAGCCGACGCCACCGAAGCAGCUAACAUGGUACUCCUGCUUCAAGCAGUCAGAAGCGAGCUGGACUCCUACGCCGCCCAAUACACUCCCGGCUAUCACUACCUUUUGACUAUUGCUUCACCUGCUGGCCCCAGUCACUACAACGUCAUGAAUCUCAAAGCGAUCUCUGAUGUCAUUGAUGCGUUCAACUUGAUGGCAUACGAUUAUGCCGGUUCCUGGGAUGCCAAUAGCGGCCAUCAGGCGAACUUGUACCCGAACCCGAGCAACCCCUCGUCGACGCCAUUCUCCACUAAUGCUGCUGUCAACGAUUACCUCGCAGCCGGCGUACCAGCCGCAAAGAUCGUACUCGGCAUGCCCAUCUACGGUCGCUCGUUCGAACAGACCAACGGCAUCGGCCAGCCGUUUACCGGUAUCGGGAGCGGUUCCUGGGAGAACGGAGUGUGGGACUACAAGGCUCUUCCCCGAGCGGGCGCCACCGAGCUGUACGAUGCCACGGCGGUUGCCUCCUACAGCUACGAUCCGGCCGCCAAAGAGCUUAUCUCUUAUGACACCCCAGCCGUAGUGCGGACCAAGGUCUCAUACCUGACAGGCAAGGGCCUCGGUGGUUCCAUGUUCUGGGAGGCGAGCGGCGACAGAAGUGACAGUGGAAGUCUUCUGGCGACUAGCUUCAAUGCUCUCGGUGGCGCGAGCACCCAGGACCAGAGUCUCAAUCAGCUGAGCUACCCUAACAGUCAGUACGACAACAUCCGCGCGGGUGUACCAGGCGGUUGA